CUGGUGGUGGAGCUCCAGCCCCGUCCCCUCCCCAGUUUCGGGCGGCCCCCAGAGCUGAGUCCGCAGGAGGCUCGGAGCGCGCCAGGCGGACACUCCUCGAGGCUCCUCCCUGGCGGCAGCGGCGGCGGCGGCUCGGAGCGGGCUCCGGGGCUGGAGCGCAGCGGCCGGCGGGCGCCGGACAGCGAGGAUUACCCGAGAAGUGGUUGUGUCCUGGCUGGAGCCGCGGAGAGGGGCUCUCGGGGAGCAGGGCAGGAGCGCCGGGCCGGCAGCGGCGGAGCACGAGAGGAGGACCGGCUCAGGCGGUCGGGUCGUCGGCCGCGGGGAGCGGGGGCACAGGGCGAGCAGGCCGCGUCGCGCUCACCAUGGUCAGCUGCUGGGACACCGGGGUCCUGCUGUGCGCGCUGCUCGGCUGUCUGCUUCUCACAGGGUCUAGUUCAGGUUCAAAAUUGAAAGGUCCUGAACUGAGUUUAAAAGGCACCCAGCACAUCAUGCAAGCAGGCCAGACACUGUAUCUCAAAUGCAGGGGGGACUCAGCCCACUCAUGGUCUUUGCCUAAAACGGUGAGUAAGGAAAGCAAAAGACUGAGCAUAACUAAAUCUGCCUGUGGAAGGAAUGGCAAACAAUUCUGCAGUACUUUGACCUUGAACAUGGCUCAAGCAAACCACACUGGCUUCUAUAGCUGCAAAUAUCUACCCAUACAUACUUCAAAGAAGAAGAAAGCAGAAUCUACAAUCUAUAUAUUUAUUAGUGAUAUAGGUAGACCUUUCAUAGAGAUGUACAGUGAAAUACCUGCAAUUGUAUAUAUGACAGAAGGAAAGCAGCUCAUCAUUCCCUGCCGGGUUACAUCACCUAACAUCACUGUUACUCUAAAAAAGUUUCCAUUUGAUACUCUGAUCCCUGAUGGAAAAAGAAUAACUUGGGACAGUAGGAAGGGCUUUAUAAUAUCAAAUGCAACAUACAGAGAAAUAGGGCUUCUGACCUGUGAAGCAACAGUCAAUGGACAUUUGUAUAAAACAAACUAUCUCACACAUCGGCAAACCAAUACAAUCACAGAUGUUCAAAUAAGCACACCAAGUCCAGUGAAAUUACUUAGUGGUCACACCCUCACCCUCAACUGUACUGCCACCACUGCAUUGAACACAAGAGUUCAAAUGACCUGGAGUUACCCUGGUAAAACAACUAAGAGAGCUUCUGUAAGGCAACGAAUUGACCAAAGCAAUUCCCAUGCCAAUGUGUUCUACAGUGUUCUUAUUAUUCACAAAGUACAGAACAAAGACAAAGGACUUUAUACUUGUCACGUGAAGAGUGGACCAUCAUUCAAAUCUGUUAACACCUCAGUGCAUAUAUUUGAAAAAGCAUUCAUCACUGUGAAACAUCGGAAACAACAGGUGCAUGAAACCAUAGCAGGCAAGCGGUCCUACAGGCUCUCCAUGAAAGUGAAGGCAUUUCCCUCACCAGAAGUUGUAUGGCUAAAAGAUGGGUCACCUGCAACGGAGAUAUCUGCUCGCUAUUUGGUUCAUGGUUAUUCUUUAAUUAUCAAAGACGUAACUGCAGAGGAUGCAGGGGAUUAUACAAUCUUGCUGGGCAUAAGGCAGUCAAAUGUGUUUAAAAACCUCACUGCCACUCUAAUUGUAAAUGUGAAACCCCAGAUUUACGAAAAGGCAGUGUCGUCAUUUCCAGACCCAACUCUCUACCCACUGGGCAGCAGACAAAUCCUGACUUGUACCGCCUAUGGAAUCCCUCAACCCGUAAUCACUUGGUCCUGGAGCCCCUGUAACCAUAAUCAUUCCAAAGCAAGGUAUGACUUUUGUUCCAAUACUGAAGAGUCCUUUAUCCUGGAUCCUGACAGCAACACAGGAAACAGAAUUGAGAGCAUCACUCAGCGUACAGCAGUAAUAGAAGGAAAGAAUAAGACGGCUAGCACCUUAGUUGUGGCUGACUCCAGAAUUUCUGGAAUCUACAGUUGCAUGGCUUCCAAUAAAAUAGGGACUGUGGAAAGAAACAUAAGCUUUUAUAUCACAGAUGUGCCAAAUGGGUUUCAUGUUAACUUGGAAAAAAUGCCUACAGAAGGAGAGGACCUGAAACUGUCUUGCACAGUUAACAAAUUCUUGUACAGAGACAUUACUUGGAUUUUGUUACGGACAGUUAAUAACAGAACAAUGCAUCACAGUAUCAGCAAGCAAAAAAUGGCCAUCACUAAAGAGUACUCUAUUACUCUUAACCUCAUCAUCAAGAAUGUAUCUCUGGAAGAUUCGGGCACCUAUGCCUGCAGAGCCAGGAACAUAUACACAGGGGAAGAAAUCCUUCAGAAGACAGAAGUUAUAAUUAGAGGCUCAGAGGAGAUGCUCCUCCCAAAAUGAGUUCGGAGAUGAUAGGAGUAAUAAUGAGACCCCCCAGGUGCCAGCUCGGGGCUCCCCGUUCAGGCCGAGGGCUCUGCCCUCUGGGGCCGACCUGGUGCACGUUUGGAUUUGGAGGAUCCCUGCACUGCAGUCUCUGUGUUUUUUGCUCUUGCUGUCUUCUCCUGCCUGAUAAACAACAACUUGGGACUGAUCCUUUCCUUCCACUUUGAUGCCAACCUCUUUUUAUUUUUAAGUUGUGAAGCUGCACAAACUGAAUAAUUUAAACAAAUGCUGGUUUCUGCCAAAGAUGGACAUGAAUAAGUUAAUUUUCCAGUUCAGAAAUGAGUACAGUUGAAUUUGAGACUCUGUUGGACUUCUGCCUGGUUUUAUUUUGUACUAUUUCAUCUGCUCUUGAUUUGUAAAUAGCACCUGGAUAGCAAGGUAUAAUGCGUAUUUAUUUGAAAAUGCUUCCUGUUUUUUCUUAUAUUAAGCACAUCGAUCUUAAACUGGAGUUUCUAAAAUGGGCCCCAGGGGUGCAAGACGUUGGUAUAAUUCAAAGAAAGCAAAGCUUGGCACAGCGUUUAUUAUGAAAGUCCACCUAAAUCAACCACCCUGCUCUCUCGAUACUUCCAGGUCAUGUUCAUUAUGCUGUUAGUACUGCAGGAACAAGUCCGGCAACUAGUCACUGUCCCUGGCUGGACUAUACAGUCACUAACAGCACCUGAAAGUGCACCGUGACUUUAAGUAUCUGUAUCCCCCUCUUAUUCUUUUAAAGAACUCUAUCAUGUUAAGAUGGCAUUCAAAGGUGGUCCACAAUCAGCUUAUCAAGAAAAUAAAAGCUACUGUGACCAGAGGUUUAAUGCAUUCUUCUAAAUGUCAAUUGAAAAUCUGUCCAUUAAAAAAAAGCCCACUUUCCCCAUAUGCAAAAUGUUAAUUGGAUUUUUAUGGGGAUUAAGAAAUGGCAAAACUACAGAAGCAGAAUUAGUCAUUUAAAAAUACAUGCCAUUUAUUUUUUAAAUCAAGACAUUAUAAUCUCUUGUAUUAAACUUUCAUUUGAUGGAAAAAUGAAUUUUUCAUUAAUUUAAUAUGUAUUGUUCUGCUGUUUUCAUUUGUGAUUGAUUAUUAUAUGUGACUUGCAUGAACUGCAAGGGAAAAAAAAUAAAACUAUAAUGACCAAAAUAGCAAUGGCUGAGAAACACAGUGGCUGGGCAGUUUAAUAGGAGGUGACAAUAUGACAACUUUUCAAGCUUGGGAACUCACCAGCCUAUUUCCUCCUUUAGGUAACAGACUCUGUCCCACGGCUAAACUUGUCUUUCACGUGGGAAUUGCUUUUGUCAAGUGUGAAAGAGUAAACAAUAGCAUUUCCCCAGAAUGCCAGUUUUAUGGAGCCCCAAAUGCUCUGAAAACAAUUAGUAACCUGGAAGUUGUCAGCCCAAAGGAAAGAAUAAUCAAUUGUAUCUUGAAAUUUUACCUAUGGCUCUUUGGCCUGGUCUCUUUGUUCAUUAUAAGUCAGUGUGUUCCUUCAGGAAACAAGGUCAAACAGAACUUGGGGGCCUUGAUUUUUAUGAAAGCUAAAAAAGCAAAUGAAAUAAUUUAGGAAUUACUUAUGAAAAAAUGAUAAAUUGGCCAACCAUUUCCUUCCCUUUACUCCAGUUUUUGUGGGGAGGGAAAGAUGUUAGUAUUCCAAAAGAUGAUUUUAAGAAUUCCAAAAAAGAAAGAAAAAAAGAAUUUCAUAGACUAAUUGUUCACUGUGUAAUUAAUCCUUCCAGACAGCUGUUUUUUAGAAAAAGAAACUAAUUGGGUGAAUUUUAUCUUUUGUUACACCUUAGGGUAUGAGAUGAGGUAAGGGUAACAGAGGGGAAAGAGAGAGAGAAAGAAAAAAGUAGAAGAAGUGGAGUAGGGGUGUGAGGCUGGUUCCUUAGACCCCAUUCCAAAUGGAGAAAAGAAAUUAUGUAUUUAUAGGACCUGGCAAUUCUCUGGGGCCAUAAUACUGAAAAGAAGAACCACCACCUGGUAGGCAGCUAACUCUGGCUACUGAUAACCAGCAGAAAUAUUCUAUUAAUUCCAAUAUUCUCAGUGUGACAGGAUCAGUUGUACUUUGUUCAUUUUGGAAAGCAGGUAUCUGUUUCCAUCAAGUAUGCAUGGGUUCAAUGUACUUUUCUUACUUAAAAUGUCAAUUCAGAUUAUUGUAGUGUAUGAAGUAGGAAAUUAACAAAAUAUGACUCCUGGGUCGAGUCGUGAUUUGGAAACUGGCCAAAAUAUGAAACAUUUAACAUAGGACAUGUUUUUCAGAAAUAAAUCCUAACACUGUAUGUUUUAGAAUGUUUAUAUGAACCUUGUAUUUAACUGAGAUUUCCAUGUUAAUUCUGCAGCUUUUUUGCUGCUUUAUUGUCUUAUGUUUGUGUCGUAAAUAGGGCCUUUGGGAGUUCUUUAAGACAUGUAUGUUAAAAUAAAAUGUUUUCUAAUAUAUAAGAAUUGUUUUCCAAUACACCUGUCAGAGAAGUCCAAAGUCUGUCUGUGUUGAUGAUUACAGCUAUGAAAAUAAUUUAGGUGUUGUGAGCCCUGCAUUUGGCUUUCCUUUUUAUAAGACCUAUGAGCAAUGAUAGAUUAUUUUAGCAUAUUUUAACACACUGGAAAAUGUGCUGGAGGAAGUUACAAAGAAUAUAUAAUUCAGUGAACUAGGUCUGAGUUUUAAAUGAGAUGUCAAAGUUGGUCUGCCACUAUAGAAGAUACUAAAUAAUAAUAUGAUACAGUUCUUUACUAUCUUGUCAUGUUUCAUUGAUAAGUUUGGGGUCUUUGCUGCAUAAAAAUGUCAAAAUUGUAAAGAGCAGGCAGGGAUAAGUUCUCAUAAACUGAAGGCCUUAUACAGAGCUGCAUUUUCAAUUAGAUAAAGCUGUUUGACAGAUUGCACAAAAUGCAAACACAGAAAUGUUGCAAUGGUUCUGCCCAUGGGGCAAGACAGAAUAGGAAAGACAUGCUGAAAGAGGAAAAAGGAUCAUUGCUAUCAUUCAAUCUACACUAUGUCUGAAGAAGGUUUUGUAAAUCAGAGCACUUCCUUCAACUUUUUUUUUGCCUUCAGAUUUCAUUUUAUAUAAAAUGACUAAUGAUAAGCUAUGGAAAUCAAAAUUCAUUGAGAAAUCUGUUUCUCUUAACUGAUAGUAACCCUGCCAUGUUAUACUACUUCAACAUGCUAUAAAAGUUAUAUGAUAAUAUACUUUUAACCUGGGAUUUCUAAAUGGCUUUAACGAAUGCUAAUCCUGAGAGUUUUCCUACAGGAAUAAAAAGAGAAAGGUUUUGGGAAUCGGCAGAAUCCUACAGGGACGUGGAAUCAAAGCCACUGCACUGUAUCAUCUUUUGUAGCAUUGUAAUUACUCCUAAGCUGCUUUCACAGUGUUAGUACACUAAGAUAAAGAAAUCAAAAAUGGUCAGAGAAAGUUCAUACUGUAUAACUGAAACCAGUGACGCACAAUGUGUAAGUUAUGCCAAAACUCUUUUGAUUUCUGUACCAGGAUUUGCAACAAGAGGAAAGGGAUGAUUUGGGAGGGUGGGAGAGACAUUAGGAUUGUUUUUUGUUCUUUUACCUUGGAAUCUUGAGCUAUCAAUCUAGUACCCACCUAACUAGAAUGUAUACACAUCAGCAGGACUGACUACUUCAUUAAAUAGAGACACUGUACUCAUUGGGGGCCUUAGGGGUACUGCUGUUCCUAUGUGGGAUUUUAAUAUUGUAAUGUAUUGCAUCUUAAUGUAUUAAAUUCAUUUUGUUGUACUAUAUUGGUUGGCAUUUUAUUAAAAUAAAUUGUAUUAUAUCAUAUUUGUAUGUUUUAAGAGAAAAUAAUAUAAAAUACAAUAUUUGUACUAUUAUAUAGUGCAAAACCUACAAGUCUGUGCCUCUGACUCUUGAAUUAAUCCUUUGGUUGCUUGCAUUUGGGAAGGAAAUGGAGGAAGGGAACAACCAAUAAAGCUUUCAAAAUUCAA